CUUCUUCCUUUCUUCCUCUUUUGUUUCUCCUUCCUUUCUUUUGUCUUUUUUUCUCUCUAUCUUGCCACUCAUCUCGCCCUCAGUUGUCCAUCUUACAUCAUAUCAUCUCCCUCUUCAAACCUUCUCAAGUAAACCGACAUCGUCACCGUAACCGUCACCGCCACCGCCACCGCCAUCAUGCUCGCCUCUCUCCUCAACUCUUCCCCCCCCCCGACCUCCAUCCCCGCCCCGGAGGUUCGUGAAGUAAUCACGGCCCGCCUCUCUGACCUCGUCCAAGCUCUCGAGGCACACCCAGCCUGGACCCCGGCCUCUCCACCCCGCAACCUCUUCUUCGUCUGGGACUUUGUCAAGCGCUCCCACUACAUCAUGACCGAGCUUGACAACAUCUCCAACGGCCGUCCCAUCAAGCAUCCCGAGCAGAUCCCCCCCAACGAUGCCACUGGGGACCGCGCCGCCGCCCUCUCUUUCCAGGACGUUUGCACCCGCUCCAUGACCGUUUCCGAAAUGAUCCAGAACCCCCGCAUGCUCGUCAUGCUUGGUCUCUCCAACAUUGACUUCAGCGACGACGUCCGUCAAAAGUCACGUGCACUUUCCGAUGCCAUCACCAACGCCUCUUCAUCCUCCUCAUGACGUGGGAGAUCGAUUUCCAUGGUUGUAGGAAAGGAGAUUUCGGCUGAUGCUGUGUGGUCAAUGGGUAAAAAGAACCAAAGAUAAACAAAGGAACG